AUGAAUAAGCAAGAAAUAAAAGCACCUAUUCCAGUAAGACAUAAGGUUUUAUCAGCAUUGAAGAGUGAGAAAGGUGUAUAUAAAAUCACAAACUCAAAAUCACCACCUUUGAAUAUCUACCAAGAUCUAAGAACCAGAUCUGCGACCCCAAAUACGCCAACAUAUGGUUCAGUAUAUCAAAACGAAGCCGAAUAUAAUUUAGAAACAAGAACGAAGUAUUAUAAUUUGGAUUUUCCAGAUGAUAAAGGAGAGUAUGAAAGGGUCAUUUACGAUCCGAAGUCUAGGUGGUUCAGUAGAAAAGUCAAACCAAAAUUUGAACCUCGUCUUUAUAUUCCAUAUAUGAUUGAAACUCAUAAAGACCAAGCUAAAUAUAUUACACAAAUACUUACUAAUCUUUAUAUUGCUAUAAGCUCGACGGAUAUUGAAGGUUUGAUUCCUAUCACUAGUAAAGAUUUAGCAGAUUUGAAAAGUGAAGUUGAUGAUCUCGCGUUGAAAACUGAUUUAUUUACAUUGUCCAGUCGGUAUACACCUUUAGAAAUAAAUGGAAAAAUAAGACAGUUUAAUGAAGAUGAAUUGUAUGAUGAAAAUUAUUCUUCUACUUCACAGAGUGCAAAUGUUGAUAUUUUUAGUAAAAUUACUGCUAAAUCUCCAGCUAUAGUAAAUGUAAAUCAUUGGACAAAUGAAUUACGAAAUUGUCUAGAUUUUAACUUCCCUGUGUUAUUAAGAAAAAGUUUGACAACAGUGUUUUAUUAUCUUGCUCUUACACAAGGACAAGACAUUUCUCGAGAUUUAUUUGUUGAUGUUUUUGAAAUACUGGUGGAUGAAAAUGAUGACGGAACAAACUAUGUAAAAUUGUUAAAGGAGCAUGGUUUAGUUUUAGACCAUACAAUUCUUUUUAAUUUUAUUUGUGACUUCUUUCCAUAUCCAGAUUCAGAUUAUGCUAAAUAUGAUUUAUCUUCAAAAAGUGAUUUAAAACUAUUUAGAAUACUAUUAAGAUUAGCACAUUAUUCCAAGCCAUUUUUUAAUGAAAAAGAUGUAAAUUUAUUAAAAAAUGCGAUGGAUUUAUUGUUGAGUAGUUUUUCACCAUCAACCAUGUCCAUAAUUUUACCAAUUAUUACAUCAUAUGUUCCAUUCCACUUCAAUAAAAUAUGUAGAAUAACAGAUUACCUUCCUUUUUGUUUCAGUCUUUGGACUUCCGUAAGUGCUACAAUAGCUAUAGAUACUCAUCUAUUCGAAUUUACAGGGGAUAUAGCGAAAGAUGUCUAUGAGAGAUCAUUAGAAAAUGGAAUUCAAUAUCUAACCGAUUACAACAUUUGUUUUGAUAAGUUUGGUAUAUUUACCAAAGAGCAAAUAACAUUUCUGUUCAAUAGACUCCAAGGACAUUUAAGAUUUAAUACACAAAUUGAUUCAUAUACAAAAUUAGUUCAAUCAUUUAUCUAUAGCAUAAAUGGUUCAAAAUAUCAAGGUAUGUUAAAUCAAUUUUCAAAAUUACUUAAAACAAUCGAAACAUUUGUACAUCCUUCAAAUACAGGGAUAUGGACGAAACCUAUAGCUAAAUUUGUUCAUUGUUUCAUUAAGAUGUAUCACAGAAGAAUACAAUAUGAAAAAGAAGAGGUCAAUAACCGUAGACUUAAGGGUCAAGAAUUAUGCUUAACCAAGGAAUGCAACGAUAAAAUUAUUGAUUUAUUUUUAAACAUCGUAAAUACUGGUGCUCAAAAUAGGGGUCAAGAUAUUUCGAAUUUUUAUAUAUCUUGCAUUUCAUAUCUAUUAGAUCUGGAUUCAAGUAAAAGACAUCUAAUAUUCGAUCAUGUUUUAGAGAAUAUUUAUGAUUUUUUAGCUGGUGAAUAUAUUAAUUCUAAACAUCGGGUUAUUUCCUCUCUUAAACAAUUGACAAAAGCAUCCAGAUUCUUAGUGGCUGAUCCCUUCUAUAGGAUCCAUAUCACAAAUAUAUUGUCUUUGUUAGUAACAAAAUUAGAUUCGAACGAUCUUCCACUUACCAGUCAAAUCAUUAAUGCUAUUGUUUCUACUAUUUCUUUUGUUCCAAUUUCUAAUUUAGUAUCCAACAAUGACUUUUUGACAUUUGAAUCAUAUACACUUCCACUGAUUCGGCAACAUUAUCAAUACAUAAAAGAACAUGAUGGAGGUAUUUUCCCUUACAAUAAAGAUCUUUUAACUAAUGCUUUUGAGGCUUCUACCACUGAAUUUGAAAAUAUUCUAAGGGUGUAUGUUGAUAAAAUAUUUUCUUUGGUUGAUGUAGAAGUAGAUGAAGGAUUAAUUAUUAAAAUAAAUCAAACCACAAUGAUAAUGAUGGAAUCUAUGGAUAAUGAUAUGUUGAACUAUUUCUCAAACCUGUAUAAAAGAAAAUUCUGGGAUAAUGAUGCAUUUAAUGUCAAAGAUCCAAAUUAUGAAUUAGUCACUAUACCCUUAGCAACUUUGGUAAGAAAUAAUGAAAAGAUGAUAUUAGAAAUUGUUAAUUCACUAAUACACCAUAUCCGAUUACAGAUUGAAAAAGGUGCUGGUUCUAUUAGGAGUUACUCUGAAAUUCAUCAAAGGGAUAUAAAACUUGUGCUAUAUUUGACGACUUUAAAUGAUAUUUUAAGACAAUCACAUAGUGCUAUUUUAAAGAUGGAUUCAGAUCUAGUCGAAUUCAUAAUUUACGUUUAUGAUAAUAUAUCUAAUCCUCCAUUAGAUGUUUUGACAUCCAUUCUAGUUCAUAGUACAUUAUCAAGCCUUACUAAUACAGAAAUAGUUAAGUAUUCAUUGUUUUCAAAAAAUGCUAUGCUAUCUUCAGAGGAGAAAUGGGGUGGUUUGCAAAACGACAUAAGAUUGUAUGACCCUGAAAAUCUUGAUUUCCAGUGGCAUAUUCCUACUGAAGAGGAAAUCUCUUAUGCAGUCACCCUUUUUGAACAUAUCACUAAUUACUGCAUUGAAAAAAUAUCUCUUUUAAUGUCUAAACCUACAAAUGAUAAAACAUAUACAGAUAUGAUUCAGAAAUAUAUUCUAGUGUUGUCACACUGUCUUUCAGGUUGUAGUUUAUUAUUUGAUCCAGAUUUUAACAAGAAUAAGUCAGUUAUUUCGAACAUUUCCUCUUAUCGAGAAAAACUUUAUUUAUUAAAACAAAUCAGGGAUAAGAAUUGUGAUAAUGAUGAAUUGAAUAUAGAUGUUGAACAAAUCCAUUCUGAAAAAGACGAAAGUUUAUAUAUGGUUACUGAUGAAUCAUCAUAUGACCAAUAUGAAGAUGAUAUAGUUGUAAUUGAUGAUUCUAGGAAUGAAAACUUUAUGGUAGAAGACAGUAUAUCAGAAGUUCCUUCUACUGUGGGAACUCCAGUACCAAGUAACCAAACUGAUGCAUCUUUGAUGAAUGCUAGUCUAGCACAAAGAGAUAUGAAUAUAUUUAUGUGUAAUUAUUUUUUUGGGGUGACUACUGACGAGAAAUUAAAACAUCCUGACUAUAUUCGGGUUCAUGAUAUUAGAAGCAAAAUUGGUUUAUUGAUACAUAAGCUCUUUUUGUUUCUUUCCGAACAGUGUGAAAAUAAUACAAAAUUAUUUAUAAUAUUAUUACAUGGUUUGAAGGUUUGGUUCACUGAUGUAGGAAAAGAAUCUUUAUUUUCAGAUGAUCCAGGUGCAUUUCUAGACAUUGAAUUCAUUGAAAAUAUUCAAUUAUUAUCUCAUAGACCAGAUGCGAUUACUAGAACAUAUUUAGCCGUGAAGCUUAAUGAUUUCCACCAGAGCAGAGUUUUGAUGCGUUCAACAAAUAGAUAUCCGUCUAGGCUGGAAAUACAAUUGUUGAAUGAUAUUAUUCUAAUGGCCACGUCAAUUUUCCCAGAUAUUCAUAAAGUUGGACAGGCAACUUUGGUUCAUUCAAUGAAGCAAAUAAUCGGAUCAUAUUCUAUUUUAAUUAACCAGGUCAUUCAAUUGAUGGAGAAUAUUUUUAAGUCUAAAGACUAUAAACGUUUAGAUGGAAUUUUAAAAGUUUUAUCUCUUAAAAAGGUUCGCAGGAAAAUAUUACGUGAUUAUAAAAAUAUGGAAACAUUGUUAUUGCUUUUAAUUCGGUGUUGCAAAAUCAAGGAAGAUGAAGUGGGUUAUCAUGCUAGUAACAUUAUUGCCAACUUUGUGUCUCAUAUUAAAAUACCUUCUCAUAUCUGUUUGUUUGAUAAGCGAGCAUUAAAUAUGUUGGCGCCGGAAGGUUUAUCAUUAAAUUUAAAAGUGAAUGCUGUUAAAAUGACUAAAGAAAAGAAAAGGCGUUUAUGUAUGGAAAAAUUGCAUAGUCUUCGAAAUAAAAUGUUGGGUUUGUUGCAAGAUGAUAUUGAUAUGACUUGGAAAAAUACUAUAUCAAUUAUUAGCUUGGCAGUGAAACUUGAAUCAAAUUUACAAAUGCCUACUGAUAAAAAUACCCUUAAAGUUAUAGUAUCUUAUAUGAAUACAAAUCAUCCUAGUGUUAUAAAUAUUGUAUUAAGGUCUAUAUUGUUAAUUUUUAAUAAAUUUUUAUCACUGGCGGAUUACCAAUAUGACAUUGAAAGAGCUUUUUCCUCUAAAUUUGAUCCUUUUUUUAUUAGAUAUAUUGACACAUUAUCACCUGAUUAUAAAAAGAGUUUUAAGAAAGAAAUGUGUAAUUUCGACAAUCCUACAUACUUCCUUGAUUCGCAGGCGUUUAUGGGAUGGUUGUGUUGGGGUGUUUCAUUUAAAGCCUUGAUGAUAGAAGAAUAUAAAUUGGAUUUUAGAUUUGAUGAAUUGGAAGCAAUGAAAAUGUUGGGUCAGUUAUUAACAGAAGAAUUAUUUAUUCAUAUAACUUCGACUCUGAUAAAAGACAACGAAAACCGUAGUACAUUUAGUGGUGGUGAAGUUUCAUUUUUUGUAUUAAUCAUUUUGUUAUCUGAGAAAUACAAUGGAGCAAUCAGAUUGGAACAUCUUAUUGAAUUAUGUCAGAAAUAUUAUGAUAGGACAGAUAAGGCAUCGAUGAUAAUGACAGUUGAGAUUAUAGCUGCAUUAAUAUGUAGCUUUAAGUACUUAUCAUCAAAGACGAUUUCUAAGAUAGAAAACUUUUUAGCAAUAUUCCUUCCUCAAUGUUUAAAUCAUGAAUUAAAUCAGGACGGGUUUGAAGUUUGGUGUACUUUAUUCUGGUGGCUACCAACUGUAGUUGAUAUACGGAGAUCUAAGUCUCUUUGUAAGUACGUUUACAAUAUUAAAGGGAUACUAAACACCCAAACCGAUGAUGCUGCUCACCAAUCAUACCGACUGAUACAUUUGAAAAAUGUCAUGUUGUCGUUAGAAUAUAAAUCAUUUGAUGGAGCUUCGAUUAUAAAAGAAUUAGUUUUUGAUCAUCCAUACGAGCAAGUGCGAGAAAAUGUGGCAAAGUUAUUUGUCACAAUAAUUCAAAAUGAAAGUUAUCCUGGUUUUGAAAAUUCAGAUAAAGCCCUUGAACAUUUUAAAACUCGUUCAGGUCUAGGUUUACCGUUAAAGAUAGUCCCUGAGUCAAUUGAUAAAUUUAUUAAACAAUUAUUUUUAACUGCUACCUUAGAAUAUAAGAAUGUGUUAAAUUUAAGUCCGCAAGAAGUUUUAAAGACCAAAUAUUAUUAUAGAGCAUCUACUUUAUUUUAUUGGAUUAAAGAAAUGUCAAGAGGUCCAACAAAAAUUCUGUUAGUUCCAUAUAUUGAUUCACAUGUAAUUCCAUUUUUAAUCACUUUAUUAAAUCAAAAAGAUGUCUGCAAGAUUUCUGGAUUAGAUCCUACAAAAUUAUUUUUAAAUAUGACAGACAUGCCAUUGAGAAGUCCAUAUAUUGGGUCUAUAGUUGAUCGAUUAUGCCAAGUGACCCCAAUUGAUUCAUCAUAUCAAAUCAGAGUUCAACUAACGUGUAUCGAAUACAUUUUAUCUUCGCAAUUAUUGCAAUUAUCGGAUAUUGAAUUGAAUAAAAUCCGUGAAUAUGUAUUGUACCAACUUUAUAAUGAAAAUUUUGUGGAAGUUAGAAUCCGUGCAUCCUCAUUAUUAUCCGAGAUUAUUCAUUGCACUGGUGUUGACAUUAAUUUAUUAAAAAAAUUCAAUAAAGAUUUACCAAACUGUUCAUGGGAACAAAAACAGAAAUUGUCAAAGAUGGACACAAAGAUUCAUUCGACUAUUUUAGGUAUUGGUGCAAUAAUAUCUGCAUUCCCAUAUAUAUUUCCUUUACCCAAAUGGAUUCCAAAAGAAUUAAGUUUAAUUUCAUCUUGGGCAAGAACUACGGGUAUUGUGGGGACAACUACAAAAAAUAUUAUAAGUCAAUUUAAGAAAGUUAGAGUGGAUACAUGGAUAUAUGAUAGAACUGUUUUUACGAGUGAAGAAUUAGAAGAUUUAGAAGGUGUUUUAUGGAGAAGUUAUUACGCCUAG